GAGUUGGCAACAGUGCUCCUCAGCUGUAGAUGUCGCUGUGUGUAAAGGCAAUAGGGGGAUAUACUGCCGAGGAAACAACAAAAGAUUAUAAACGGAUUUUAUAAAUCGUUGUAUUCUGUUUCCAACUUUCCAGCCGUAAUCUGACGCGUAUCGUUGCUGAAAAGAAAUGUCUCUAGUCAAGCAGAAUCUUCACCCGAAUAAUGAGGCAAACAUCAACAAACUGAUCAACCUCAAACUGACGGCCUCAUACGUGUAUCUCUCCCUGGGAAUGUAUUUUGAUAGAGAUGAUGUGGCUCUGCCCAACUUCUCAAAGUUGUUCCUGGAGCGUUCACUGAAGGAGAGGGAUCAGGCGGAGCACCUGCUGCAGUAUCAAAACACAAGAGGAGGACGAAUCGUUCUCCAGACCAUUGCGAAGCCCAGUCGUGAUGAUUGGAAAGGAGGUAUGGAUGCGGUCACUUUUUCUCUGGACCAUCAAAAGUCUCUUAACCGAUCCCUGCUGGAGGUCCAUAAAGCAGCUGGAGAAAACGCGGACCCUCAUCUGUGUGAUUUCCUAGAGAGCAACUUCUUUACUGACAGUCAUGACACCAUUAAGACGCUGGGAGACUACGCUGGCAGCCUGAGUGGCCUCAUCUCUUCUGACCCGCAUGGCAAAAUGGGAGAGUACCUGUUUGAUAAGCACACUCUCUGAUCUGAGUUUUGUUGCCAACAUUCCGUUAAACAAUAUGUGCAUUGGUGAAGGAGUUUAAGGAUUUUUGCACAACCAUUUCAUUUCUUUGUUUUCACCUUUCAAUAGAGACAUUUUGGUAAGAACCACCACAAUUUGAAGUGUUUUAAUCCAUACAAAAGCGGGACUAUACUGUGAAAUGUGCAAAUCCAAACAUGGUACCCUUGUGUUGAAGCCUCAACUACCCCAUGUCUGUUUACAGAAUUGUAUAGGUGCUAGGGUAAAGCUAUAUCUUUUCAAAGACCAGCCUAUAGGCUCCUGUAGGUUCUUCAGGAGAGUUGUAGUACAGUGCACUAGUGAAAAGGAGUGUUUAUAUGAAUGUAUUGUACUCCAAAACUUCCGUUGCUGUGAAUUGUUAUACCUCAAACUGGGAAUUGUUAUAACUCAAACAUGGUGCUUAAUGUCAAUAUAGCAAUACAAAUAAA